UUCUUAACUUUCUUUCAAGCGCUCCAAGAAUCCACGCAUCUUCCUCACCUAUUGAAAAAAAAUCUCUUCCUCUAACUAUCAAUCCUUCUUUUCCCAAACUCACAAAGGUUAGGCUACAGAACAGAAGGAACUGGGGGAUUAGGGUUUCGGUUUCAAGUUUCAGGGAACGAUUAACUAAGAAGAGAAGAUGAUCGAGGUGGUUCUAAACGAUCGAUUGGGGAAGAAGGUUCGCGUGAAAUGCAACGAUGACGACACCAUCGGAGACCUGAAGAAGCUGGUUGCAGCUCAGACAGGAACGAGGGCCGACAAGAUUCGCAUCCAGAAGUGGUACACCAUCUACAAGGAUCAUAUCACCCUCAAAGAUUACGAGAUCCACGACGGCAUGGGCCUCGAGCUCUACUACAACUAAAAUCCCUCUUCAAAUGUGCUGUUAAGGGCGUAAUAUAGUAUGUGCUGGGAACUGGAUAAAUGUGUCCAAUGUAAUUUUUGACUUGCAAAAGACAACUUUGAUUGGAAUAUGUACAUACUCGAAUGAUAUUGGGUUUAAUUUGCUGUUGGAACAAUCUGUUACUUUGUGGUAUAACAUAUAUUUGACGUGUUCUUGGUCAUGAAUAUGCAGUGUUUUUUAA